AUGAGUCUCAAUCGUGAAAAUGGACCUCAGCAGGAGGAGCUGAAGGAGCAGAAAAAGGCCACUUUGCAGGCCAUACCACUCCCUACAAGUGCCAUUAAGGGAUCUAUCACCGAACCCCCUGGCAUCAUAAGACAAGCGAAGAACAAACUCUCAGAGCCCGUUGUUGCUGCAUUCAUGGCCGGUGGGGUUGCUGGCGCUGUUUCUAGAACGAUUGUGUCGCCACUUGAGCGUCUCAAGAUCUUACUUCAAGUACAAAGUGUUGGACGAGAGGAGUAUAAACUGUCGAUAUGGGAGGCUCUAAAAAAGAUGGGCCGCGAGGAAGGUUGGCGAGGAUUCAUGGCAGGAAAUGGUACCAACUGCAUUCGCAUCAUCCCUUAUUCGGCAGUGCAGUUUGGAAGCUAUAACUUUUACAAGGGUUUCAUCGAAUCUCCAGGUGGCGAAAUGUCGGCGCUUCAACGUCUGGCGUGUGGAGCUCUCGCCGGUAUUACUUCAGUUACAUUCACAUAUCCCCUAGACAUUGUACGCACGAGGCUGUCUAUCCAGACGGCCUCGUUUGCGGAUCUCGGCACACGAGAUGCCUCUCAAAAAUUACCCGGCAUGUUUCCCACCAUGGUCUCUAUCUACAAAAAUGAGGGGGGGAUGCUCGCUCUUUAUCGAGGCAUUAUCCCUACCGUCGCGGGAGUCGCACCAUAUGUUGGACUGAACUUCAUGAUCUAUGAGUCCGUCCGAACUUACUUUACGCCGGAAGGGGACAAGAAUCCUAGCCCGUGGCGGAAGCUAGCCGCCGGUGCAAUCUCUGGCGCCAUUGCUCAAACUUGCACAUAUCCCCUUGAUGUAUUACGACGACGCUUCCAGAUCAAUACGAUGUCUGGAAUGGGCUAUAAAUACAAAUCUAUCUUCGAUGCCGUACGAGUGAUUAUGGCCGAGGAAGGAAUGCGAGGCAUGUUCAAGGGAAUUGGGCCCAAUCUUUUGAAGGUUGCACCAAAUCCACUUGGGCUCAUUGGCUCCACCACCGGCCUCGAGUCGGUCGGGUCAGCUGACCCAACCGACCAGCUUAGUCAAGAUCUCAUCCUAUUCCGGACUAGCGUAGGGCUCAACCCACACACACCCGCGCAGCCGAACUCCAACACCAAAAACCUUUGCGUUUUCCAGACCGGUAUCGACCUCGACCGUCACCAUGUGCGCAGCACCCACCGCAAGGCUCCCAAGAGCGAGAACGUCUACUUGCAGGUGCUGGUGAAGCUCUACCGCUUCCUUGCCCGCCGCACGGAGUCCAACUUCAACAAGGCUGUUCUGCGCCGCCUGUUCAUGUCCCGCAUCAACCGCCCCCCUGUCUCGCUUUCCCGCAUCGCCGCGAACGUGAACGACACCCAGAAGGGCAAGACCGUCGUCGUUAUCGGUUCCGUCACCGAUGACAACCGUCUCCUGACCGUCCCCAAGCUGUCCGUUGCCGCUCUCCGUUUCACCGCUACUGCCCGUGCCCGCAUUGAGAAGGCCGGUGGUGAGACCCUCACUCUGGACCAGCUUGCUCUGCGCGCCCCUACCGGUGCCAACACUCUGCUCCUCCGUGGCCCCAAGAACGCCCGUGAGGCUGUUAAGCACUUCGGCUUCGGUCCUCACUCUCACAAGAAGCCCUACGUUGCCAGCAAGGGCCGCAAGUUCGAGCGUGCCCGUGGUCGCAGACGCUCCAAGGGUUUCAAGGUCUAAGCUUAGACCCUG